AUGCAAUCAAGAUUUGAUACAUUUGAAUAUGAAAAUGAUUUGCCAAUUUUACCAGUUCCUUCAUUAAAUUCAACUGUACAACAAUUAUUAGCAUCAUUAAAACCUUUAUUAGUUGAAGAAGAUUAUAAUGAAGUAUUAAUAGAAGCAAAAGAUUUUUUAGAAAAUGAAAAUAUUCAAUUGAUUCAAUUACAUUUAGAAAAUAUCUCCAAAAAGACUAAGAAUAAUAAUUAUUUAAAUAUUGUAAACAAUGAUAUGACUCCAGCAAUUUAUGGAGAAUUAAGAGCUGAUAUUUUACCAAAAAAUCCGUAUCUUAUUUUGGAAGAAGAUCCAUAUUCCAAAACUAUCAAUCCACCAAAUCAAUCAGAAAGAUCAGCAAACUUAGUAAAUUCCACUUUGAAAUUUAUUGUUACUUUAAGAAAUGGAACUUUAAAACCCGAUUUAACUCCAAAGAAUCAAGUUCCUUUAACUAUGACUUGUUACAAAAAUUUAUUUGGUACUACCAGAUCUCCUGAUGAUGUCAAUGGCUCAUUUGAUAUUAGUAUGAAAAAAUAUAAUCAUAUAAAUGAUUCAAGACAUAUUAUUAUAAUUGCAAACAAUCAAUUUUAUGCUUUGGAAGUAUUGAGUGAAUAUGAUGAAGAAAGUGAUGCACCAUCAAAACAUGAAAUUUUAUUCCAUGAUCAUGAAUUAGCUGAUAUUUUUCAAAAAAUUAUAGACGAUUCUGAUGUAGUUGACGCAGUAGAAUCUAUAAACAAUUGUAUUGGAUCAAUAACGACUCAAGCUUUAAAACAUUGGAAAUUAGGUAGACAAGAAUUAGAAAAAUCAAAUCCUCAACAAUUAAAAUUAAUAAAUGAUGCUUUAUUUGUUUUGAUUUUAGAUUCAAAUUCACCUAAAACUGAUCAAGAGAAAACAAUGGUUAUUUCUCAUGGUACUUCAGUAUUAUCCAAACAAAAUAUUCAAAUUGGUACUUGUACUUCUAGAUGGUAUGAUAAAUUACAAUUAAUUGUUACAAGAAAUUCUGUUGCUGGUGUAGUUUGGGAAUCAAUUACAAUGGAUAGUACAGCCAUUUUAAGAUUUAUUAGUGAUAUUUAUACCGACUCAGUCUUAAAAUUAGCAAAAAAUAUUAAUGGAUCAGAAUAUACUUUAUUUGAUAAUGCAGUAACAUAUUCAGAAGCUACAGACAAUAAGCCAGAACCUUAUUUAAUUCCUUUUAACAUGACAAAAGAAUUACAACACAUCAUUCAUUUAUCGGAAACUAAAUUAGCAGAUUUAAUUAAUCAACAUGAGUACAAAACCCACACAAUUAAAUUAGAUUCAAGAUUAGCUGGUAAAUUUGGUUUAUCGAUCGAUUCAAUUUUACAAAUUUGUUUCCAGGUUGCAAAUUAUUCAUUAUAUGGUAGAAUGGUAAACACAUUAGAACCAAUUAUGACAAGAAAAUUUAAAGAAGCAAGAACUGAAUUAAUCCCAGUACAAAAUGACUCCAUUGCUCAAUUAUGUAAAUUAUAUAUUACAAAUGCUUCAAGACUGGAAAAAUUUGAAGCUUUUAAGGAGUGUUGUAAGAUUCAUUCGAAACAAUAUCAUGACGCUAUGCUUGGUAAAGGGUUUGAAAGACAUUUUAUGGCUAUAUCCCAAGUUGUAAAUAGAGUGAGUGCUGUUAAAAGAUUAAAUAAAUUAAAUCUAGAUUUACCACCAAUUCCAGAAUUUAAAAGUGGUACAAUUAUUCCAUUAUUAUUCAAUGCAAGUGUUGAACAAUUAUCAAACCCUGAAUUAUUAAUUUCAAAUUGUGGUAACCCAGCUUUGAGAUUAUUUGGUAUUCCACCAGCAAUUGAUCAAGGUUUUGGUAUUGGAUAUAUUAUUCAUCAUGAUAAAAUUAUAAUCACCGUUUGUUCAAAACAUAGACAAACAGAUAGAUUUUUAGAUACUUUCCAUCGUGUAACAGCAGAUUUGAAGACUAGCUUAAAAAUGAACUCAUCAUUUUUGCUUAGUAUUAGUGAAUCAGAAAAUCGUAAAAUGGAAAUUCAAAGAUUAAGAAUUGAAAGUGAAUUAAGUCACACUAGUUUAGAUAUUCCAUCAUUAAAACAUCCUAUCCCAUUAACAUUGGAUAAGGAUGAACCAGUUGAAGCUUAUGGAGUCCAUAGUCGUAAAAGCUCCACAAGUGAAAAUGAUGAUGAUUCAGAUUUUGAAUUAAUGGGUGGAUACGGAUACUUUGAUUAUGGAGAUUUAGAUACAAGAUUAGACAAGUUGUCAAAAUCUCAAUCUCAUUCUAAUUAUAAUAGUCAACCACAAUCAAAUAUUUCAAGUGCAUUAAGUUCAAAGCAACAUUCUUCAACUAACUUGAACAAGUUACCAUCUUGUACUGGUGCUUAUGAUAUAAAGAAAAAACAAAGUUUAUCAGAAAGAAUUAGAGAUAAAUUAUCUAAAAGUGAAGAUACUAUCUCUAGUGUUGAUAGUAAUCAAGAUGUUGCUAUUAAUGUAGAAAGUGAAGAAACUGCUGAAACAAGUCCAAAAAAUUCAAUUGGUAAAGCAUUAGAUAUUUCAAAAUAUGUAUAG